UUUUGCAUCUCUACGGGCUGGACCUUAUUAUGCGCCGCCCCCCUCAUCUACUUGUACAGUUGUGAUCUAUGUGUAUUUAAUGAUGGAUCUCUCACGGCAGGAGUAUCCAGCUUUGCUUACCUCUUUGCAGCCUGGCCAAGCCACCGGUGUUCUCAGCGAUCGCAUUCGCCUCAUUAACAAGAUCAAUGCCGACAUCGCGGAUUGGCUGCAGGAGCGACGCCGCGUCGAAGAAGCAUACGCCCAAGGGCUACGGAAGCUUGCGACACGGCAGCAACUGGACAAUGGAGCAGCACUAGGAAUAUUCCAGAUACCAUGGCAACGCAUCGUCAAUGCUACGGAGAUGGUGGCCUCGUCGCACGAAACCUUCGCACAGAAGAUUGAGGAAGAUGUGGAACGCCCUCUUAGGGAUUACCACACCAAGAACCGCGAAUUGGCAUCUUUGCCUGGAGUCCAGAGCGAUCUUGCAACUCUUGCGAAGAAUCUGGAAGCCUCCCUCAAAAAGGUGGACAAAGCUAGGGAGAAAGGCCCGAAGGGUGCAGAUAAGCUGGCGGGUGCGGUUGCUGCCUCUGAAGGGGUUAGGCAGGAAUGGGAAUCCAGGGCGCCUUUCGCUUUCGAGCAGCUCCAGGCAGCUGACGAGAGUCGACUAAACCAUCUACGAGAUGCACUCACCCAGCUGGAGACCCAUGAGUCGGAUCAGGUUGAGCGUUGCCGUCAAGCAACAGAAACUUGUUUGAAUGUGCUUCUCAAUGUGGAGACCGCAGAUGAAAUAAAAACAUUUGCCGAAAAGGUCAAUGGGGGAAGGCCGGUUGUAUUGAGGCAACAGACUUCUCCUACCCCUGUAGCACCUCCUGGACCACCGCCACGCCUUCAUGAUGACACUGCCAGUCAACGCUCAGAGACCUCUGGUCCCAUCAGGACGCCCCCUGCACUACCGGAUGAGGAACGCCCGGGUACUGCACUGACUACUCAGGAAAGCCACAAUGAAGUUACACGUAUCCCCAGCGAAACCAAUGACCAUGAAGGCCACGGUACGAUGACCUCUAUUCCGACCACUCACUCAGUACCAACAACUGCGAACGGGACAACAUCCCCAGAGCCCCCUGCUGAGACAGGUAUCGCAAUUAGUGACUCGCACCAGCCACGGGUCGACUCCGAAGGGUUCUCGGAACCACCUCAGACCAUUGACAAGAUCACUCGUGCACAGAGAGAAGCAGCUGGUAUGGAGGAAGCUGGUAUCAAUCUAACAAUCCGGGAUCAGCCUAUAUUCGAAGAUGAAGAUCAAGCCAAGCAAGCAAUGGACGAUAUGGCUAAUCAGUUGAGACUGCGAGCCCAGCAAACUGGCGUGCGCCGCAAUGUAGGGACCUUGCGCGGUCGGCGUGACGUCCGUAACACAGUUUUCAUUCCUAAUCCACCGCAAGCUAGUGAUGCUCCCACUCUACAAUCUGGGUCUGACGUCUCCAUGCCGGUCUCGCCGGGUCUUCCUUCAAAGCAUGCGGCUUCUCCUAGUAUUGCAACAGAGGACCAUGCUCUGUCGGACACGACCUCGGUUCGCUCGGGACACACCUUGCACGGUAGCUCGGGUGCAGUUGCACACCCUGAUCUCCACGAACCAGGACUGAACGCGUCUAUCAUUGAAACGGUUAAUGCAUGGUUCUCCGACGGUGUUGUCACCAAGUCAUCCGUCAUCGGAGAGCUUGCAUUGGCCUACAACGGAACCCCCGAGCCAAAUACCACAGUCCGUUUAGAAAAUUUCCAGGUGCUGGAGAAGGUAGCUGCAAAUCCUCAUUUUGUGAAUGAAGAGAAGGACAAGGAUCUCUCAGAUGAAAAAAGAGGACAAUACAGCAUACAUAUUCCCACAAUUUCUCGCCCCUCACCGACAGUGGCUUUCAAGUACCAACUUCACGUUGACGCAUCCGACUCUUCCGCCUACUGUCCGGUUAUCUUCAAACCUGUAUGGAACAUUGAGGAACACCAGGCUAGCGUCAUCAUUUUCUAUUCCUUGAAUCCAUCAUUCACAUCUUCCGCACCAAAAGAAUCAAUCACCCUCAAGAAUCUGGUUCUGACAGUGAACCUGGAUACAUCUCCUGAAGAGGGCCGAGAAGUGGCCCAUGCUACGAAUGCUGUCAUGUAUCCUAAUACGGGGGCGUCCUUCCGUCGCAAGCACUCGGCGGUGACCUGGAAGAUGCCUGAGUUCGAAGUUAAAGCUGGAUCUGACGGCAAGUUGCUGGUUCGAUUCUCAACGGCCACUAGUUGGCCAAGGAAAGGGAAGGUCGACGCGAAAUUCGAGGUUAACACUCUCGAUGCUGGAUCUCGACUGGGAAUCAGUGCCGCGUUGCCAGCAGAGGCGAGUACGCCAAAGGGAUCUGAUCCUUUUGCGGACGAAGACUCGGGUGCACAUGACGAUACCCAACCCUCCCUGACAUGGAAAGAAGUCCCUACUACUCGCAAGCUGGUUGGAGGCAAAUAUGUCUCAUCUUAG